AGGUGCCGAACCCCAAGAUGCAGAGAAGGCGGAAGGCAUUGUACGAGAAAACAUGAUUUAAUUAAACACUAAGGCAAAACAACAAACGAAAGGGUAACAACAAAAGGCGCGCACAAGGCGGAGAACAAACUUGGUUAUGAACUAAAAUAGCACAGAGGCUAACUUUGGACAAGAAACAAAAACACUUACUGUGACACGAAGGAACUAGGACAUGAGCAGAGUGAAACAAAAGUAGACAGAGCUACAACGACAAGUGUUAAGACAGGUAGUAAUGACAAUGAUCCAGCACUGACUGCAGGGGAAGGCAGGUUUAAAUAGCAGCUGACUGAUUGACACCAGGUGUGGCCAGGUGCCAAUCAGCCACAGCUGAGGGGAAGCAGCACUCAGGGAGACAAUCAGGAAAUGAAGACAAAAUAAAAGUGCUGACAGGAAACUAAGACAAACGCAGAGGAAAAACUAAAACACAGUCAAACUGUCAGGGACAAGCCUGACAGUAGCGCUUCAUUUCUUUUACAUUUAAAUGGCAAGCGAAUUGAAUCCACUCCCUGCACAAUUGCAAUACAGUAAAUGGAUCAUUUUAAACAUUGUUUUUGACUCGGUUUAUCCAAUAAAUGACCGUUUAUUUAGUGCACAUGCUGGAUACAACAUAGAAAAUGUAUAAUAUUGCAAUAUACGGUAAUACUGUUUUAUAUACCCUGCAGCACUAAUGUUGUAUAUUAUACCCUGCAGCGCUAAUGUUGUAUAUUACAGCAUCCACACAUUCAUCUAGCAUAAUGACAUUUCCCCAAGUCUAUUAAAGAUAGAAAAUACUUUCCAAUUAGUAUUACAGUGCAUGUUUAUCACUGUUUUUAAUCCCCAUUUAAAUCCUGUUAGGAUCCAAUUUAUCCUAAUGCAUCUAUCAGGCAGAUGCACCACGGAGAAAAGCCCGCAUCCCAAAUGAUAAAAAGCAGGCGGGCGUAGUGAGUCCUCAGUCAACACGCGCUACAUCCAGGCACCAUGGACAGCACCGGCACGCCGUGGAGCUCCCAGGUGGCGCCCACCAUCUUCCCCCGCGUGGGCUACAGCAUCAUCUCCUUCCUCAUGUUCAUCACCACCGUCCUGACGGUGUUCAACAACGGCCUGGUGAUCACCGUCUGCCUGAAGAACCCGUCUCUGCUGCACCCCAUGAACGUGUUCAUCCUCAGCCUGGCCGUGUCCGACCUCAUGAUCGGCCUGUGCGGCUCGCUGGUGGUCACCAUAACCAACUACCACGGCUCCUUCUUCAUCGGACACACCGCGUGCGUCUUCCAGGGGUUUGCCGUCAACUACUUUGGUCUGGUGUCGCUGUGCACGCUGACCCUGCUGGCGUACGAGCGCUACAACAUCGUGUGCAAGCCCGACAGCGCCCUCAAGCUGGGGAUGAGGAGGAGCAUCAAGGGCCUCCUCUUCGUCUGGGCCUUCUGCCUGUUCUGGGCCGUGGGUCCCCUGCUGGGAUGGAGCGGCUACGGCCCCGAGGGGGUGCAGACGUCCUGCUCCCUGUCCUGGGAGGAGAGGUCGUGGAGCAACUACAGCUACCUCACCUUCUACACGCUCAUGUGCUUCCUGUUCCCGGUGGCCGUCAUCAUCUACUGCUACUCCAGAGUGCUGGCGUCCAUGAGAAAGUUGAACAGGAGCGUGGAGCUCCAGUCGGGGCGUUCCUUGCAGAAGGAGAACGACCACGCCACCAGCAUGGUCCUGACUAUGGUGGUGGCCUUCUUCAUGUGCUGGCUGCCUUACACCGCCUUGUCUGUGGUGGUGGUGCUCAAUCCUCAGCUCCACAUCCCCCCGCUGGUGGCGACCAUGCCCAUGUACUUUGCCAAGACCAGCCCCGUGUACAACCCCAUCAUCUACUUCCUGUCCAACAAGCAGUUCCGGGACGGCGCUCUGGAGAUGCUGUCCUGCGGCCGCUACAUCCCCCACGGCUCCACCACCCGGGUCAGCAUCAACAUGAGACCCCUGAGCAGGAGGAGCCGGCUGAUCCCCUGCAGCAGAAUCAACAGGCACAGCAAGGUGUUGCCUCUGUAAAAUAUCCACCGCGCUCCCUUUUUGACGGCUCGUUAAGGACACAGAAUGACAAGUCUGUGCAAGUGGGGUUUUUUUUUCUUCUUCUUCUUUUUCUUUGUCCAAGAAGUCCGGAGUGAAGAGGAGACUCGACAGCUGAUGGACAGAUGGAGGACAAAGGAACCAAUAGGAAGCCUUCUGGUACACACUCAUUAUUCCAAGUGUUAUUUUCCUCGCUUUCUUCUCUGUGACUGUCAGAAAAGAGAUGACACGUCUCUCUUUAAAAAAAAACACAAAAAAAACAACCCUUAUCGAACUCUAUUAGGUAACACCAGCAACUUUCAGGGUAUCUUUUGGAUUGGAUUAGAUCAGAGGUGCCCACACAAGCUACUUUUUAAUUGACCAAGUGGAGGGGAUCUA